AUGGUGGAGGUUGUGGUGCUAUUGCUGGUGAUAGAGGUGGUGGUGAUGGUGGUGGUCGUGGUCCUGUUGGUGACGCUGGCGCUGGCGGUGGUGCUGCUGUUGGUGGCGGAGGUGGUGGUUAUGGUGGUGGAGGUGGCGCUGGUGCUUGAUGGUGGUGGUCGUGGUCCUGUUGGUGACGCUGGCGCUGGCGGUGGUGCUGCUGUUGGUGGCGGAGGUGGUGGUUAUGGUGGUGGAGGUGGCGCUGGUGCUGUUUGUGGAGCUGGUGGUGGCAGUGUUGGUACUGGUGCGGGUGGUGUAGGUGAUGGUGUUGGUCGUGGCAGUGGUGGUAAUGGUGCUGGUGUUGGAGGUGGUGCUGGAAGUGGUUGUGAUAGUGGUGGAGGUGGUGGUGGUGCUGGUGGUGGAAGUGGUGCUGGUAGUGGUGGCGCUGGUGGUGGAGGUGGUGGUGAUGGUGAAGGUGGUGGUAAUAGUGCUGGUGUUAGAGGUGGUGGUGACGGUGGUGGUAAUGAUGCUGGUGGUAGCAGUGGUGUGGUGGUAAUGGUACUGGUGGUGGUGGUGAUGGUGCGUGUGGUGGAGGUGUUCGUGGUGGUGCUGGUGUUGGAGCCAUCCAGAGCCAUCUCAAGCCAACGCGCUGCUCCUCCUGCAACGGCCCUUGCAACUGACGAGAACAUCAAACUCACCUGCGGUUUUAUGGCCCUUAUGGCAGGGUGUUCAGCUAACGGGAAGAGGGGCUUAUAG